CGCGCAUUCUCAUACGCCAGACACAAGCCCCCCUCCAGACCGAGGUCAACGCCACUAUGCACUGUCCGGGCGGCGCGCACUCGCUCGCUGCGCGGAGGCAGCGGCUGCUCGUUUCCUCGGGGUUUGUAUCCUAAACAUGCACAACUGUGCUGCAAGACGAACGAAGGCUCUCCGACGCCGAGCGCUUGCUUUCCUCCGUGCCCAUAUCCGGUAUGAGGCGGGACACACGUCCACGGCCUGCAUCGCAAUUAAUGCUAGCCGAAGCGGCUGGUACGAACGAUGCGGUCUUACGUUGGGCGCGCGCGGCGUGCCCUAGCUAUGUCGUAACCCGGGCUAGUUCUGUUCCUCGAGGACAUCCUGUCGGCAACUUGGAGCGGCUGGUAUAAAGUCUCCGGCCUCACGGAACCAUCGCGCGCGCAAGCUCUAUCCAUCGGACCCUACCCCUCACGCCGGUGUCCCUCGUCCUGCCAAGAUCACUCGUCAUGCCGAACGUACCGCUCGAGCUCUCGGACUACAUCAUCGAUUUCCUCCACAAGGACGCUCGAACCCUCGCUGUGUGCGCCCGGGUGUGUCGUGCGUGGACCCCGGCCUCUCGCUUUCACCUGUUCCGUUCUAUCGUGUUGCAGAACCAUAACUUCACGUCCUCCUUCCAACGGCUCCUCAAGACCACCCCAGACCUCGGGUGCUACGUCCGCGAGCUGACUGUCGCCAGGUUCGUCACGCCCUCGGCUGUGUUCCGCCCUGCCAAGCCCGCGCCCUCCGUCGAGGAUGCCCUUCCCCACGUUCUCGCCCACCUCCCGCACCUCCGCUCCCUCACCCUCGCACACAUCGACCUCAAGAGCGUCACGGAGCUCAGUGCGCUCCACCAUCCCUCCCUCACCAAAGCCACAUUUUCCUUCUGCCAGUUCGCCGACUUCGCAGACCUCGUCGACCUCGUCAGCUCCUUUCCCAGCCUCGCCAAGCUCUCCAUAGCCGGCCUCACCUGGAAGGAGGAGCUCCGCGUGCCGGAAGCGAGGCCAUUGCCCACGCUUCGAACGCUCGCUCUUGGACGCGAACUGGACGCCGAGCGGCUCUUCGAGUGGCUCGUCGCCACUGGGCUGCACACGUCCAUCACGAGCCUCGCCGUCCGCUGCGCAUCGGAGCGCGACACCGAUCUCGUCGGACCCUUCAUCACGCUCGCCGGACCCGCGCUGCACUCGCUCGACCUCGACUGGAGCUUCUCCGGGGACAAAACCAUUGCACUGCCACAUACGGUGUCUCUUGCAGCGUGUACCGCGCUCGAGGGCCUCCGGCUCCAGUUCCCGGUGCACUACAGCGCGAGCUUGCCGUGGAUCGUCUCCCUGCUUGAGACGCUUGAGGCGCCCACCUUGCGCGCGCUCGCGCUCGACAUCCGCCUCCUCGGCGGGCUCGCGUCCCUCGACUGGGACGGGCUGAACGGUGUACUUGCGGGGCCGGCGUACGCCACCCUCGGUGCGCUCGAUGUGGGGGUCAAUCUGUGGCCGGGCGUGCACAGAGACAUGGCGGAGGUCGAGGGCAUCGUGCGUGAGCGCCUCGCGCCGUUUGGGAAGAGGGGCGGUGUCCUUCGGUGCUCAAAGAUCUAAGGUUCGGGUCGUUUGUUGCAUGCUUGCUAGUCGUAUCUUUUAGUUUAUCGUAGUUCCGCGCGGACGGCGCCCCUGGCGUCGUUGUGUCGCAUAUUGUACAAGGGAUUGAGUGACAAUCGCAG